AUGAACCUGGCCGGCGCAUGCACCCGCAAGGCAUGGCCGCCAACACUGAACAACUCGACCGGCGGGCAAGGGCGAUUGAGCAGCACCUCUACCAGCGCGCAGACGCCGAGGCCUCGUGCGCAGAGCUGGCCGCUGUCCUGCAUGAGUGCGGCGCCCUGUUCUACUGCUUCCCUUAUCUUCAACGCAUUGCACCACUGCACUGACCGCGUUCGUUGCGCCACGCUGACGCCUGCCAGGUACCGCGCCGCCUGCGAGAGCCUGACGUUUGCCGACUUCGAGCACGCCUCGGCCACAGACGUCGAGCAGAAGCUGUGGGCCGCCCACCUGAAGGUCAACGCCAUCUUCAGGCAAGAGCAUAAGAUUCUCAAGCGCUCCAAGGACCAUGUCGUGGAAAUCAGGAAGUUUUUGAAAAACUACCUCCACUUCAUCAAGGCCAGCCAGCGCUACUACCGCCACUACAUCUUGAACCUCGAUGCCCACUUUGACGGCAUUCCCGAGCUGCGCAAGAUUGCCCACAAGUGGAAGGACGAUGCUUCCAAGACGUCCCCGCGCCCCCGCAUCCCCGCUGCCCUCAAGAACAACGUCUUCCAGUCCUGCCACCAGACCCUGAUCCACCUCGGCGACCUCUCCCGCUACCGCGAAACCGAGCUCGUCGACAAGGACAAGGAGCGCAACUGGGGCCCUGCCAAGGGCUACUACGACCUCGCCGCCGAGAUAUACCCAGACUCGGGCCACGCCCACAACCAGCUUGCCGUCGUUUCGCGCGAGGACGGCGACCAUUUCCGCUCCGUCUACCACCUCUACCGCUCCCUUGCCUGCAAGCUGCCCUAUCCGCAAGCAAAAUCAAACCUGGAGACGGAGUUCAGGCGCAUCAUCGCAGCUUGGGACAAGGGACAAUUGAUCAGCAAUCACAAGUCGGCUGAUGGCAACACAGGCCGCGCUCUAGUUGCCUGGUUCGUCAGGCUGCACAGCAAGAUCUACAAAGGCGAGGAGUUCGCCGCGCACGACGAGCUGGAGGGCGAGGUGCUCAGCCACCUCGCUAUAGAGCUGAAGGAGCGCCCGCUGGACUCCAUCCUGCCCAAGAUCAUACUCAUCAACCUUGCGGCCGAGUACUUCGCGACGGUCCAGAUGCAAGCAGCCAGUCCGCCGGAGCACAUCAUGCGCACCUACUUCUACUUCCUCCGACUCAACGUCAAGACCUUCUUCAUCCUACUGCAGGUCCUGCAACCUGAGCUCGAGCGCCUCUCCGAGGCAGACGACGUUACCCACCAGAACGGCGACAGUGCACGACAGCUGUCCGAUAAGAUCACCGCUGUUGCCCGCCGCAUCCUUCCUGGACUCCGGCUCUACAGCACUUGGUUCGCACGCUACUGGCAGGUGCUCAACGCCAACAUCGCCGACACCUUGACUACCGUGGACGUGCAGGAGCUGUGGAAGGCCUACGCUGCGACGCUGACUCUCUUGACCUCCAGCUUCCCCGUCGACCAACUGCCGCAGGAGAACUACAUGCUGGAGGAGGAUACUGACACGAUUGGGUUUCAGCCACUGAUGUCGCCAGACACGAUGAAGUUGUGGUACAACGGCGAGCUCCUCAAGCCCAGAUGGACAGACAUGGAGAGGAACCAUCCCAACGUGGAGAUGCUCAUGCGCAUCAAGGACCUGCUGAUCGACGGCCUGCUCCUGACGCAGAAGGCCGACGCGCCCUUGGACCUGGCUGGCACCCGCUUCAUCUACCGCGAAGAGGGCCUUCCGUCUGAGCUGCUGGCUAGCCCCGAGGCUCGCCCAAAGAGAUCACCUCUUCUUUCGCCUCGAGCUGUGGACAUGCCGCUGUUCCCCUCUACAGCCCCGAUCCCUGACGACCAGAAGUCGCACAGCGUCGCAGCAGCUUCGGACUCGGCUUCGACCACAAUCGCAAAGGACACGGCCAUGCGCUCCAUGGUCGAUGACUUGGUCGGUGCGGAUGAUGGUUUGGAUCCCCUCCCCGAGGAAGACGAAGACACGCCACCAACACCGCCUGAGCAGAGCUUGGAGGAUACCGCGGUGCUCAACGAUAACAGCUUCGCGCCUGCGCCCUUGUCCAUCAGCGAUCUGGUGAGCACCGUCAAGAACUACCGGCCCUUGUCUCCAGGUGCCGGUGCUGCUAUGCUCUCUGCUUCGAUGCAGAGGAGCGGGUCCACCUCAUCGAUGCGCGGGCCUGCGCACCUGCCCUCUCUCCCAGACGGACAGUGGAACCAGCAGUCGAUCUGGGCGACAGGGAUGCACGGUUCGCCGAAUCCCUCGUCACCGGCGAUGGUGAGCGGGUUCGAUGCACGGCGACCCACGAUCAGCGGCGUAGGCUCGCCCAACCUGUCCGGGCACGUCCGCGGCGAGUCUGCCAACUCGCACCUGAGCGCCGAGGCUGCGACGCCCAGCACGGUCAGGGCUUCUCGGCCGAUUAGUGGCGGACUUGGAAGCGGCGCGGCGUGGGGGAACCCGAACGGUAGCGGUAGCCCGUGGGGGUCGUUCUCCGGCAGCAGCUACAACGGCUUCCAGAAGGGCCAGGGGCAUGAUGUGCACAUGGUCAGCCCCCUGAUGUUCAGCUCGUACCAGGACAAGGCGCAGAGCUCGUGGGGCCGCACGCCUCCCAACGGUCAGGGUGGGUGA